GAGUCCGGGCUGGAGCUUUUCAACGGACAACCCGGCGGACAACGAUCGGUGAAAAGCUCCAGCUGGAAGUCUGGAACAUCAGUCAUCACUCAUCUAUUCUAAAAAUGUUAACGUCUUCCUAAAAAAUCCUAAUCCUAUCUCAAUGAGAAAUGAUAAAUGGUUAUAGGCCUAAUAUAGAACGAAGAUAAGUUAAGAACGUUUUGGGUUUUCAAAAUACCACCACAGAACUUGAGUUGAAGAUAGGUAGUCACAACAGCUACAGCAGUGCAACAAUUACAAAUAGACAUCUACCGGUAGAUCUACGGUACGCCAUUUUCAUUAUGUGGGACAAGUAAAACAAUUUCAGUGGCGAUGGAGCCGAGUAAUGAGUAACGCACUAACCUUGAUGUACUCAUCACUUGAAAACAAAUCUGCCUUUGAUGAAUUGUUUCCUUUGAUGGGGACCGUGACGUGAACAUCAAUCUCCGAUUCCUCCCAAGUGUAAUCUUUGAUGGCGAUAGGCAUUUUGAUAACGUUUUGACAGGACUUCUACUUCUAGUGGGCAUGUUCAAGAGAUCUGUGGGACCUGUUUCGUGGCAACGUGAGGUUUCAAGUACUUUCUGAUUGACACAAUGGGGUCAACAAGUCAAGAAGCCGAAGAUGAAAGUCUUGCUGAGCAGAGUGACGUACGAUUCAUUCCACCCCUGUAUGAGCAGCGUUAUCAAGAAAUAACAAGAAUUUCCAGAGAGUGUAAACCAAAAAAGGUGGUUGACGUCGGCUGUGGAGAACUCAAGGUGAUCCGCCUUCUCAAGUUUCACAGGUAUAUCCACGAGCUGAUAGGCUUGGACGUGGAUGGAGAGCUUCUAAGGCGGCAUUCAGGCCUCAUCGAACCCUUGGCUGCGUCUUACAUUCAUCCUCUACCCCAUCCAAUGGUCAUCGCGUUACUACACGGGUCCAUAGCAGAGAGGGAUAGCCGUCUUCUUAAUCCUGACCUGGUAGUCUGCGUUGAAGUAGUUGAGCAUCUUUACCCAGAAAAUCUUUCCAAGGGCACGGAGGUCAUCUUUGGAUACAUGAAACCAACAAAGGCAGUCUUUACCACACCCAAUGCCGAGUUCAACGUUCUGUUUCCUGGACUUAAAGGCUUCCGACAUGACGAUCAUAAAUUUGAAUGGACAAGAAGUGAAUUCCAAGAAUGGGGCAAUGCAAUAUGUAGUGAUUACGGCUAUGAAGUGGAGUAUUCUGGCCUCGGGGCAGGACCAGCAGGGAGUGAACAUCUAGGGUUCUGUACUCAGGUAGCCAUCUUUAACAGGGUAUCAUGUGAUCAAGGCAGUCCUGUAGAACCAGUGGAUGAAGAUCUGCAACCAAUGCCAUAUGAAGAGGUAGCCAGAGCAUUGUAUCCCAGCAAGCAGCUGAAUGAUGAAGAUAUCGUGGGUGAAGUCGGGCUCAGGAUCAGACAACUCCUCAAGGAUGCACAGAGGAUGCUGGACGAUGAGGAAGGAGUCUUUGACAACGCAAGUGGAGACGAGGAGGACGAUGAUGCAUUGAGGAUAUGGAUGGAAAAGAGUCUUGCUUCCAGAAAGAGAGAAAGGCUGAAGGGUAGCGAGAGACACAAUGAUGAAGGAGGCUUAGAGUUAUGUACUGAAAGACAGGAUUCUAUUUCAAGAACUAGAGAAGAGGGCUGUUCUGACAGCAUCACAAGUGCAAUGGACGAAAUCAGUGAUACCUUGCAAUCAACCAAUAUGUGCCAUUCCAGUAUUAUACCUGACAACGUAGGCCACGAUUCAAAGGCUGAAGAGAAUCCAUGUGAUCCUGCAUGCCUUGCUUGCCAAAAAUCUCAGGAUGCUUUUGUAGAUGGUGAGUCGGACUUGCCAAAUUGCAGAUUGAACUUAAGGGAUGUUGAACCUAGAGUGCAGCUUAUUGAAAACGAUUCGUAUUCAGAACAAUCAGGCAGCAUCCAUCACUCAGUUGACAGACCAAUGAAACAUGAAGAACAAGACAUUGGGAGAACUGCCUCUGAUGAUAUCUCCACCUUGGAUGUCCUUGACUUUGAAGAAUGUGCUUACGUGUUAGGACGUCUUUCAAAGGCCUUUUCACCAACAGAGGUGGAGGAUGGUAACUCAUUUUUUGAGCAGUGGGAGAAAGGGUUUCCUCCAAGAGAGUUCAUAUAUGACCUUGAUGAGUUGAAGAUCAGGAUAUCCUUAGAGAGAUUGAUGAAGUUCCCAGGGUUGCAGGAGAUGUGUCAGAAUACUUCCAAGCUCAGAGAUGUCCUCCUUGCCAGCGGGAAGUUUGAGUUCAGCAGUGACGGUGGUGCAGUCAUCUCCGAUCUCUAUGAGAACAUGUCCAGCAGUGAUUCUGAGAAAUGGCAAGCUGCAUCUAGCGAAUGCUGGGACUCGGAUGCUCACAGUGUGGGCUCUCAAGAUGGAACAGAAGAUGAGAAGCCUUUGCCUGUCGAGGAUAUCAUGGAGGAGAGAGAGUGCUGGGAUUAGGUCUCAAGGAGGAUAAGGACCUCAUUUCAUAAAACUUACUACAAUAAAAAAUUUGCAAUAUCAGUGUUUAGCUUCUGAAAUCCUUCAUCUGAUUGGUUAUGGAAAUUGUGUACAGUUUAUUUAUUGUAACAAGUCUUUAUGUAACAGGUCCUGUUUCAUAAAGGCUCGUUAUAAUAACAAUUGUAAGAUUUCUUUAACAAAUUAACCAUCAGCCAAUUAGACUGAAGGAUUAGAGUACCGGUAGCUUAUAACUGUUAUUGUAAAUUUGCUAUUGUAAUAAGUUUUGUGAAACAGACCCCUGGACCCAGAAAUGACUUCGAAACAGCACUUGAAUUCUAACAGUCACAGUAACAGAAGUAACAUAUUGGAAGUGGGAUUAUGGUGCUCACUGUGUAGACUCUGAAACUGAAACAAGUAAGGAAUACUCUGGGUGUUUGGCAUUUGGAUGAUCAGCAUCAACUUGCACUUUGUAACAAAAGCUCAGUAUACUUUGGAUGUUGGGUGUACAUUACCAGCAAGGAAGAAAGCUGAGAUUAUGUAGGAUGAUGGACAUUAUUACAUGGUAAUGGGUUCCGGCGGGUGUUUCAUUAGGCUGUUCUUCACAACCCUACGAAUGACUGGAACAUGUUCUUAGGUGCCAAGUCAACUGCAUAGGGCCCAGGUGGGCAUUUCAUAAAGCUGUUUGUAAGUUACGAGCGACUUCACAAGUGACUGGUGGUCCAUUCUUGCAUGUAUGUCCAUGAUGCACACUAGAUUUUUAUCGGUGUCGAGUAUAGUCGGUAAAAUGCAAAUUCGUCCACUGCCAACUUGUCCACUCACCACAUGGUCUACCUUUUAUUUAGUCUAAUGCCAUUCCAUUCAUCAACAUUUCGUCUAACAACCAUUUGGUCCACUAACCAUUUAGUCCAGUCAUCACUUUGUCUACUCACCAGUUGGUCUUUGACCAUUUCGUCUCAUAACCAGUUGGUCUAAUAUUCAUUUUAUUUUCAUUUAUUUUGCCCAAUUAACACUAAGUCUAAUUAGACCAAAUGGUAUAUGGACUAAAUGGUUAUUGUACCAACUGGUUAUUAGACGAAAUGGUGAGUGGACGAAAUGGCAAUUAGACCAUGUGGAUAUUAGACGAACUGAUGGUAGAUGAGUUGGCAAUUGGACGAAUUGGCGUUGGACCAAAUGAAAAUAAACCCCUGAGAUAAGGUCACCAGUUAUCGUAAAGUCGCUCCUAAAUAACUUAUGAACAGCUAUACGAAACACCUCCCUGGUGUUCAUGAUGUACAUUUUCAAAACUUGGGUGUUGGGGAUAUGUAUAAAUGAGAUACACGAGGAUUUGAUCCUCAACGAUGACAGAACUAUAUAAAAAUUGGAUUUUGAUGCUGAAGAGUAUAGUUGACUCACAGGGAAACAAAAAAUUACCCCCCCGGUAGAUGUCUUUGAGCUCAUCAGCAAGAAAAAGACCAGGGGCCGUUUCAUAUUAAAGCUGUUCGUACAUGUAAGUUAAGAGCGACUUUUAAUAAGAACGACUGGUGAUCCUUUCUUGUGGUAAAUGAUGUUAAUUGGUGAUUACUUAGCGCAUAAGAUAUGUUCACCAGUCGUUUUUAAAAGUUGUUCUUAACUUACGAACAGCUUUAUGAAAUGGCCCCUAAUAUAUCUCAAGUUCAGAGAUAACCCUAUAUGACAGCAAUAUUUGUCUUCCACUUUUAACACUAAUGAUAUGCAAGGGUUAUACAUCUAGGUGAAGCUACAUGCAUUCUACUUAAGUGGAAUAAGAUUCUAAGAUAGUAAACUACUGAUUUAGUACUACAGUAUUAUUUGACACUACACAUAGAAAAAGUAUUUCAUGGUAUGACAACCAGUCAUAGUAACCUCUCUUUUACCUUGACUUUUAUAUAAUAAAUGUUCUUUUGCAAAAUAUUUAUCAACUAGGAAAACAUUUUUUUUUUAAAUUCUGUAACUUUUUUUUGUUCAUAAUAUUUAUUAAUGUUGUUUGUAAAGUUAUGUGCAAAGUACUUUUAAUUACCAUAAUAGUUGAGAUACAGGUGUAUGUACCUUGCUUAAGUUUUUUUUCAGGGCGAUUACCAAAUAAUUUCCACACACACAAGUAAAGAUCCCCAAUAUCAUUAUUGCCAUAUUCUGAAUUUGCAACCCUUGAUGGUGUCAAACUGGGGGAAAAAAAAACUGUAAAACAUACUGAAUCUUUGUUUUAUACUCUAUUGGAUACUCAUGUGAUACUCUUACAUUCAUUGAAGCUUAACUCCCCCAGAACCCAAAUAUUUUUGGAAGGGAAAAGGCAUGCCUAUGGCUUAGAACACACCCUUCCUGAGCACUUUAUAUGUUGGCAGGUUGAAGGUAUGUCAUGUUAAGAAUUUAUUUUGGACACCAGUCAGCUUGUUAUUACAAUAUAUUUCCUUACCAAAGCAUGUAUGAUUAUGUACUUUUAGUAUUGUUUUAGCACUCUCUAUGCAAUAAACUCCUUUUUCAAGAUGAUAAGACAAAGAAUUAAUUCUGAGGUGAUCUGGUUGUGUACUAUAUCUUUAUAGGUAAAGCUGAUGAUUCAUGAUGUCAAAAUGAAGGUUAGGCUGUAAAAUCACAAGAAAAAAAAUCAAUUUCAUUAGUUGGAUCAAGGUUCCCAUUAAUCUGUGUGUUUUUUUUUUUCAAUCCAAAUACGCGUCUUUUCAGAAAUUAAGCUUACCAUUAUAUUUCUCUGAAGUACAAAUGAUCAAGUAUUUAAUCAAUCAGUGAAGAAAAAAUGAACAAACAACUUUCCAUUCAAUCAAACAAUCAACUAAUAAAUCAAUAAGUCAAUCAACCAAUCACUUAUUCAACCAAUCAAUAAAGCAGUCAUUCUUUAAGUCUCUAUCAAUCGAACCAUCACUUAAUUUACCAAUUUUUCAAUCUUUCAAUUCAACAGAUCCUACAGUAUCUGAACUUGAAAGUAAGAGCAUGCAGAGAAUGUUUUGACUUUUUUAUAAAACAUUUAUUGCACAAAUAUUGAUUUUUUGUUUGUUUUUAACUUGACAGAUGACAUGUACAUGUAUGUUGACAAAAAUUAUAGGCACAGUCCACCCGAGCAUCAAGCUGCAUAGAAUGAAUAUUGACAAAUGAAAGGCCAUCAUCUAUUUGACCAGCCAAGGACAUGGUUGAAAUGUGAAAAUACAUUCUAAUUAAUAAAAAAUAGCAGUCUCCAAAGGUAACUGAAAUAUGAUAAAAUUAAGGAAUUAAAUGCUAGUACCACAUGCUGGGUGGGGGUGGGGCACUUCCAUUAAAGCAUAGACAGUAUCUGCAAGAGAAAAAUGGAAAAAGGGGUGUUUUUUUCUGGGGUAAGCACGAAACGAGAGUAGCCUGUCCACUCUUCAGUGGAAGUGGAACCCCACCCCCACGGCCCACGUACAUCAAAGGGAAAUGGGCAAACAAGACUAAAUAAAAGGUGAAGUAAGAGAUCUAAAUGUAAAGACACAUGAAUCAAUUUGAAAAACACAAAACUUAAGCGAUUGAUCGUAAUUUUGAUUUUUACAGUGAACUCUACAUUAUGGUCAAUGCAAUCAUCAAUUUUAAAAAAAAUUGUACUUUAAUCAAUUGGUAAGCUUCUUGAUGGAAAUGGGGCCUGAAGAGCAUAACAUCUUGGAAGAAGCUUCUACAUGUAUGCAGGCAAAUACGUCAUUCCCCUCAUUUGCAUACCGACCAGGAUGUGCAUUUAACUGUUUUGUGAAAUUUAGCGAAACAUCAAAUGUCAUAACUUUCUUAUUUUACAUCCGAUUUUGAUUAAAUUUUCAUUGUUAUGCUUGUUGGAUUUUUAUCUUUUUAUUCAUAUCAACUUUAUGUUAGGGUGGACUUGUCCAAGUGAUUGAUUGUAAGAUUGAUUUUUAUACUGAACUCUACAUUAUGGUCAAUGCAAUCAUCAAUUUAAAAAAUUUGUCCUUUAACCCUAAAAUGGCCGGGGGGGGGGGGGUUGAAUCAACCCCCCCCUCAACAUUUUCUGCGAUCAUUCCGCCGCGCGAAAUGUUUUGACCGCGCCACUCGCAGAGUUUAUACUUUUAAGUCUCGCGCAUCUUUUGAGACCAAAUUUACGACGCCCGGGUACACGGUUCCGAAAUUACGCAACAUUUUGUAAGUGCAUGUCAGACCAAAAAUUGUUCCAAAACGUGAUUUUGUGUACAAAGUCAAUGCAAAUUGAGUUUUCUCAUCUUAUUCAUAAAGAUAUGAUUAUUUUUACUUUAAACAGCUGAAAGCAAUUGAUUUUAGCAAAAUUAUGCUUCAAAAAGGUUGUGCAAGAAAUCUGGCGAAAAAAACAAAGAAAAACAAAAGGUUGAAAAACAGAGAAAUACAUAAAACAAUAAAAUACAUAAGAAAUUGAUUUCCAAACCAAAGUUUUUUUCAAUUGCCAUUGUUAAGAAUGCUACAAAGAAUAUUUUUACCAAAAAUUAGCAUUCUAGGAGCUUUAUUUAGUGAAUUAGAGCAAAAAGUAUGAUUUAUGCAUAAAUUAGCAUAAUUAAAUCAUAUAAAAUAAAAUCUCAUUAUUUUGGAACAUUUUACCAUACAGCCUUGUAGAUUACAUUGCACACUACCAGCGCACAAAUUUUUGCGGCGCUUGCGCGAUCGGCGGCUGAGAUCUCAGGGGGGGGUUGAAUCAACCCCCCCCCAGCCACAGAACAGCCAAAAAAGCCCGGCCUAGUUAGGGUUAAUCAAUUGGUAAGCUUGAUGUAAACAGGGCCUGUAGAGCAUAUUAAACAUCUUGGAAGAAGCUUCUACAUGUAUGCAGGCCAAAAAAUAUUAUUUUCUUUUUAGGAGACUACCUUUCACAACCUACUGCCUAAAUCUGCAAACAUUGGGUGCAGUGAAUAGGGAAAUUUAGGGGCUCUUUGUUAAUUUUCCAGGGAUCUUCUGAGCAUUUCGGGGGCGAAAUCACCCCGAGCCCCCAUGUAAUUUUUUCCUGCAAGUAUGUUUGUACUAAGCAAGUAAAUGCAGUCUUUUUUGUAGACUUCAUACUACCUAUUAAUCAGCUGAAUUUAAUAAAGAUGAUUGUUUUCUGUCAUCUCUUCCCUUCUCCUGAUCUAACCUUGACAAUUUUCUCAAGAGCCGUGAAGUAAUUGUACUUGAUGUCAUAUUCCAUGUCGUACCAGUAGUUAACUGCAGAAAAAUAAAGAGAUAACUUUUUUAUGACAAUAAAAGAAA